UGAUUUUGAGCUAAUGCAAAACUGAAAGCUCAGUAAAUUCUGGAUUCACUAAAUUAAUGUUACUCUUUUAGAAAUUUUAUUUGAAUUAAUUUUCUACUGCAUCUCCUUCUUCAUGCCACAAGAGGUCGCUAUGGUCUACUUUUAAACACGUCUGCUACGCCUGUCUUCAUGCCAGCUACAAAGGCUAGAGUAUUUUCCGAGAAGGGUAUUACUUGAGGUUUCUGUGAUUUAACAACAACUACAACUACUUAAACUUUUGUUCCUGUGGUAAAACCAUAGCUAUUCACCAUAAAUGAGGGAUGUGGAUGUCAGCAACUUGUGGUUAUUGCCCUGUGCACCUUGCUGAAGGUGGAGUAGAGUUUCACUGGAGACAGAGACUGAGUGUAGAGGCUCAGAGAGAGAGAUGGGAGGUGAGACAGGGGAUGGCCAGCCUAUCACAUCCUUCAACUUCUGCUUUCUCCGGCUCAGCGUCCUACGCCGUGCCACUCGGAUCUCCCUCUUCAACAAAUGUGCAUUCAUGUGUCCACAGACGGCUGGAAGCGUUUGCUGAAGAACAUCAGAACCAGGGCUGAGAUGUGGGUACGCAUAAUUCUGACCUUCAUUUACUCUACACUUCUUCUGUCAGGAGUCAGGGCCAGUAAAUGGCUGGUGUAUUUCUCCAGGACGGACAUCUGCGUUUGGGCUGGGACCACAGUAACGCUGCCGUGCCGCUACGAUUACCCCUCGCCCUACAGCUCCACGCGGUUCAUGUGGUUCCACAUCUCUGUGGAGGGCCGGCGGGAAAUUGCCUACCAUACUGACGGGAAUCUGUUGAGCCUCUCGUACAGGGACAGGGUCAAAUACAUGGGGGGCCACAAAAGAUGCAGUUUGCAGAUCUCAAACGUGAAGCUGAGCGAUGCAGGAAUGUACCAUUUCAGAUUCGAGACCAACAACCAGCAGGAGCGAUGGACGUCUCCUGAUGCAAUCACACUCUCCGUCACAGAGCUUCAGGUUCACGUACAUCCACCGAGAAUUGGCAACAUGUUUGCUGCCGGCGAGACGGUCUUCCUGAGCUGUGUGGCACGAGGAUGUGCCGGACCCGGCAGGAACUUUGCACUUUAUCGGAAUGGGAUCAACUUGGGACAGUCCAGCAAGCUGUCAACCAUCUAUAACUUUGACAGCCAGCAUGCAGGUACCUACACCUGCCGCCCAAUACCCCCUCAAAAUGUUCAAUCACCGGGAGUCACCCUGGCUCUUGGAUAUGCUCCUCGCUACACCAUGGUACAGAUCACCCCUCGAGAGGCAGUCAGAGAGGGCGAUUCAGUGACUUUGACCUGCAGUAGUGAUGGAGCUCCGCCAGCAGAAAGUUUUGCCUGGUUUAAGGAAGGAGAGAGUGGCAGCUUGCCAGACAGCUUUAAACCUGAGCUGAGAUUGUGGAGUUUGGACUACAGGGACCAUGGAAAGUACUUCUGUGUGGCCCGCAACCCGCUCGGCACAGACCGGUCCAGGCUGCUUUUACUGAAUGUUACCUACUCCCCAAAGAACACAAGAAUCCUCAUCAGUCCUAAAGGAGACAUUAUGGAAGGGUUUGCUGUCAAUCUGACCUGCAGCAGCAACGCCAACCCUCCUGUGGAGAAAUACUUCUGGUACAAACUGAACGGUGGGCAGCCCUGGACCAAAGGCACUGUGCAAAAUCUCACCUUCCUUAGCGUGCGUUCCCAUCAUGCCGGACAGUACUACUGCACCGCAUGGAAUGUGUUAGGCAUGGAGACAUCGGCCACUAUUUCUCUUUCAGUGCUUUAUGCCCCCAAAAACACCUCUGUGUUGGCUCAGCCUUCCACUGUGAUCGAAGCGGGCAGCUCGUUGACGCUGACCUGCAGCAGUCAGGCCAAUCCGGCGGUGGAGAACUACACCUGGCACCGGAUCAAUGCGGCUGACGCCUGGGAAACUCGAUCGGGUCCCAGCUACACCAUUGCUGAGGUCAGCCCUCGAGCCAGUGGCCAGUACUACUGCGAGGCCCGCAACCGCAUCGGAGCUCACAGCUCGCCGGUUCUGACGGUGAAAGUUCGAGGCCGACUGAAGGUGAUCGCACUGGCGUCUGCAGUGGGCGUGUCUAUCGGAUUGAUCUCAUUGACCGUGGUCGUCAUGAUCAGUAAAAACAUGCAUCGUGUCGACACUGAAAAUCUUGAGGAAGAAAAACAGCGUUCACCAGUAGUUGAUUUACCAGUGGACGAUACUCUGUUCAGUGAAUCAACUUCAGAGAUGUUUCUCCUCAAGAGCACAAAAAUGUCAGACAUUCCAGAGGAGCCAGAGGAGAUGUAUGAAAGCAGCCACCCAUCCAUCGUACCCCUGAAAGAAGCUACUCGGAGCGCUGAGGAAAAGGCAAAAAUCAACUACAUUACGGUGCAUUAUUCUCGCAUGCCCAGUCCGGACCAGGCGACGGUCACAAACAUUCCUCUACAUGGAGGGAAAAAGCUCAAAGAUGGUCCUAAUGUUGUUCUCACCAAGCAACCGAGAGAGGGGGUGGAAGAGUCUGCAAUCUAAAGCAGUCAACUGAUGAAACAUCACAACAAAUGCUAGAAGAAAUUGUGAAACCACACAGGGAUUUUUUUUUUAAACUACAUGUACUUAUAGAGCAUGUGUGGACCACUUGAUGUAGCCUGAAAGUCAGUGAUCAAAGCUGAAUUUUCAGCAUAUUACUCCAGUCUUCAGUGUCACAUGAUCAUUCUAAUAUGCCAAUUUCUUAUUAUUAUCAGUGUUGAAAACAGUUAAAAACUGAAAUCUUUGUUAAAUCAAAAGUUCAAAAGAACAGCAUUUAUUUGAAACAGAAAUCUUUUGUAACAUUAUAAAUGUCUAAAUCUUACUGUCCCCAUACUUUUGAAUGGUAGGGCAAAUAUGCUUGAGUGCAACCUUCUUGUUCUAUAGAUUUGAUUAAACUCAUCGUAAAAAUAUCCCACUUAAAUAUUACAUUUAAUUGACAUGGUGUAAUGGUGGUUCCUGACAGCCAGGAAGCUCCAAAUAAAAAAUAAUUUCUUACAA